AUGACUAAAUUAUCAUCGAAUUGGGCUAAACUAAACUCAAAAAUACGAAAAGAGAAAGGUGUCAAAAAGAUACGGAAACCAACUAUUGCUAAACCUAAAACAGAUACUCCCAAAUCAACAUUAAAUUUACUAAAAGAAAUACCAAAACCAAAACGUCAAGAAACUGAAACAAAUGAAUUAACUCCUAUUGAAUAUACAUUAUGGGUUCAAGAUAGUCAAAUAAAUCAAUCGGAUAUUUCAAUAACAUCAAAACAUAUAAAUCAAAUAGAUUCAAGAAAGAAAGAACCUGGAAAAUAUAUAGCUAUUGAUUGUGAAUUUGUUGGUGUUGGGCCAGAAGGAGAAGAAAGUGCAUUAGCUAGAGUUUCAAUUGUUAAUUUUUAUGGAUAUGUUUUAUUAGAUGUAUUUGUUAAACCAAAAGAAAAAGUCACCGAUUGGAGAACUUGGGUUAGUGGAAUUCAACCAUAUCAUUUGAAAAAUGCAAUUUCUUUUAAACAAGCUCAAGAAAAAGUUUCAAAAUUAUUUCAAGAUAAAAUUCUAAUUGGUCAUGGUAUAAAUAAUGAUUUAGAAUGUUUAUUUUUAUCACAUCCAAAGAAAAUGAUUAGAGAUACUUCAAGAUAUCCACCAUUUAGAGAAAUUGCAGGUGGUAAAACUCCAAGUUUGAAAAAAUUAGUUAAACAAGUUUUAAAUAUUGAUAUUCAAGCACAAUCUCAUUCAUCAGUUGAAGAUGCAAGAGCAACAAUGUUAUUAUUUAGAUUACAUAGAAAGAAUUUUGAAAAAUGGUAUCAAAAUAAAAAAAUUAAAAUAGUAUAA